AUGUUCAAAUUCGCCGUCAACUACUUAUUUGAUAAAACACUUAAAGUGGGAAGUACCUCGCUCAUUCUGGGUAGCGACCAGUUCACCCAAGUGGCAUCCCAGCCGGACCUUGAUGACGACUCGAACUGGAUUGAAAUAAAAUGGCCCACGAGAAAAGAACCAAACAGGACGGUGCCUGCUAAGGUGCUGUUAUUUGGAGGCAAGUGUGGAGAAUACGAACUUGUGUCGAAGAAGAAUUUCUUCCUUCUCGGUAAGGAUAUCUGGGCCGAGGAGGAAAGCAGGGGUGUGCGCAUGAAAAAGAAAAUGUGUGAGACCGACGUAGUGAAGCCUAAAACGGCAAAGCAAACCAGGAUUAAGGAGGCAGCCAGGGACCAGGUGUUACAAAACCUGAAGACUUCCCUGUCUCAGAAGAGGGCCCUGGACACACAAGAUCACCUCUACAGUUCUGAGAAUGAAUCUCCACAACGUGUUCAUGGGGGAAAGCGAGCAAAGAUUAACAAGGCAGCAAGACGUGUGCUUUUACCCCUGGCAUCCAGUCCAAGUUCUGAUGACGCCACAUACGUAGGAAGUUCACAACAGCAUGACAUUUUUCAAGACCAUGCCUCAGAUGAAGAGUUGGGUUUCUCCUCAGCCCAGAGAAUGAAGCUGACAGAUGUUAAUACUGGUCAUGGCAUGGCACCUGGAAUGAAUGAAAUCAUGUCAUCCCUUCACGAUCUGCCAGAAAUGAUUAAAUUAAUGAGGGAGUGUGUGGAAUGUGUCCGGGCAUUGAUGUCCUCGUUUAGGGGGACUCCUUCAUCUGCAGCGUCAUCAUCUUCUGUGGACAGUGAAAUUGAAAUGCACCCCUUGGCAGGCAGCACAGUGACCGUUUCAAAGAGGGCCUUCCUGCGGCUGAAUAGAUCUCGCAUGACCAUUUUUGCCCAGGAGUUGGCUGUCCUGGUAUUCACAAAGGAGGGCCUUGCACAGUCCACCCUAACUGGAAAGUCUGGGAGGGGGGAGCACCAAAAACACAGCUUGAUGUUGACAAAGUGCAGGCUAUUAUAGUCAACAGACGCUGUUCUUCUGGAGUUUCCACAGACGACUGUCUCUGAUGUGCGCGCGGCCAUCAGACGAAAGUGUAACAAUGAGCAGUUCAGCCCAAAAAAAGGAACAUAAUGUGUGGUGUGUGCUUCUGUAUGGUGGGAGGGGUUAGGCGUGCAAUAAUAAGGAAUGUUGUUUUUCAUUGUUCACUAAAAUGUUCUGCAAAAUGUAUUUGUAAUGUUUAGGUCUGCUGCCUGAAAUGGACCUAUUUCUACAAAGUGUACUAAAGUACCAGUAUUUGAAAAUGUUUAAAAGCCAUAAUGUAAAUGUUCAUACAUUUGUUGUAUAAAUGUUAAGAGAUAAUACAAGUUUUUUGUAUUUACAAUGUACUAUUGUAAUUAAGAUAUGGUACAAAUACAUUAAAGUAUAUUUUUUCACCUGGAA